GGCCCUGAUGUUAGAUGUUUACUUGUGCCUGAAGGAAAGACAAAACCAUGGGCAACGACGCCGGAUUGGAAGAUGCAUUUGUCGCCGUCAUUCGCCCAAAGAAUCAAGUCAGCCUUACCACAAAGGAAUACAAAGCCAAAGCAUACGAGAUUCUGCUGAGAGAAGUGCCUCUAGAGGGGAAGGAGAAAAAAAAGAAGAAAGUUCUUCUGGCAACACGGAUUAAACCAGGAGACAAAUCUAAAUCUAUUUUGGAUUAUGUCGAUGAAACAAUGAGACCAAUGUCAAAUAAUCAGAGCUUCAUAGGAAAGCGUGUGGUGCACAUGAAGAAGUUUACUCUCGAAGGUGACCACGAAGGGAAAGAGGCGUCUCUUUUUGUCGUGCCGGUUAACGUUAAAGACAACAGCAAACCCAUCCACAGUCCUGGGAGUCCUGUCUUUUACUGCCUUCAGGACAUCAUGCGUGUUUGCAGUGAAACCAGUCAUCACUUCUGCUCCAUCACCUCCAAGAUGCUCCUGGCCCUGGACAAGUGGUUAGCAGAGCAGCACACCGUGCCUCACGCCAUACCGGCUCUCUUCCGACCGGCUCCCGUUGAGCGUGUGAAAACCAACGUGAACAACCCGGCUUACAGCGGCGACGGCAAACUGAGCGACGAAGGUCUGAACAUGGGCUACACCGCUCUGGAGAUCAAAAGCAAGAUGAUGUCCCUGGAGAAGGCCGACAUGUGCAUCCUGAAUCCGCUGUUUGGCUCGGAUCUACAGUACACUAACAGAGUGGAUAAAGUUAUUAUAAACCCGUACUUUGGGCUUGGAGCACCAGACUACUCCAAAAUCCAGAUUCCCAAAAGGGAAAAGUGGCAACAUGGCCCCAAGUGUGUUCCAGAAGACAAGGAACACCAGUGGGUGGAGGACUUCCCUCUCCACCGCAGUGCCUGUGAAGGAGACACUGAGCUGCUUUCCAAACUUCUAGAAAGCGGUUUCUCAGUCAAGCAACUGGACAGCGAUCACUGGGCUCCGAUACACUACGCCUGCUGGCACGGUAAAGUCGAAGCCAGCAAGCUCUUGCUGGAGAAAGGCAACUGUAAUCCUAAUCUGCUGAACGGCCAGCUCAGCUCACCUCUUCACUUUGCAGCCAGAGGAGGCCACGCCGAGAUAGUGAAGCUUCUCCUGCAGCAUCCUGAGAUCGACCGGCACAUAGAGGACCAGCAGAAGAGAUCACCCGUCCAGGUGUGUGAGGAGAACAAACAAAACGAGUGGGAGGAGACGAUAAAACUGCUGCAGCAAGCCAACGGCAAACCAUACGAGAAGGUGCGUAUUUAUCGUAUGGAUGGCUCCUAUCGCUCUGUGGAACUGAAACAUGGCAACAACACAACUGUGCAGCAGAUAAUGGAGGGCAUGCGGCUUUCUCAAGAGACCCAGCAGUACUUCACCAUCUGGAUCUGCUCAGAGAACCUCCACCUGCAGCUGAAGCCGUACCACAAGCCCCUGCAGCAUCUGCGCAUCUGGACGGAGAUUGUGACGGACUUGACAGUGUUGGAUCCUCAAAGAGAGAAGCCCCAGCUCUUCCUGCGCAGGGAUGUCCGACUGCCUCUGGAAAUAGAAAAAAAGGUUGAGGACCCGCUGGCCAUCCUCAUCCUCUUCGACGAGGCCCGUCACUGCCUCCUGAAGGGUUUCUUUCCAGCGCCGGACAGCAAGCUGAUCACACUGGCGAGCCUGCUCCUGCAGAUCAUCUAUGGCAACUAUGAGAGCAAAAAGCACAAACAAGGCUUCCUUAAUGAGGAAAACCUGAAAUCAAUAGUGCCGAUAUCGAAGGUGAAAAGCAAAGCAUACCACUGGACCAGCAGGAUCCUUCAUGAAUACAAAGCUCUGAGCACCAGCGAGGGAGUGAGCAAAGAGAUGCACCACUUGCAGAGGCUCUUCCUACAGAGCUGUUGGGACAUCCCGACCUAUGGAGCUGCCUUCUUCACGGGCCAGGUCUACACCAAGGCCAGUGCUAGCAACCACAAAGUCAUCCGCGUGUCCGUGGGGGUCAACACGAAGGGGCUGCACCUGAUGAACAUGGAAACCAAGGCUCUUCUCAUCAGCUUAGAGUACGGCACGUUCAUGUGGCAACUGGGACAUGCCGACCAGUACUUCCAGAUCCACAGCAGAGACAACAAAAUGAACUUCAUUGUGCACACCAAACAGUCUGGCCUUAUUGUGAAGCUUUUAAUGAAACUAAGCGGACACAUGACUCCUACCGAAAAAGGCCCAACAGAUAAAUACGCCUACGGCUAGGAACCUUCAGAGGAACCACAUCUGCCAAAGACCAUAACGCCUUUUCUUCAUCAUCAUCAUCAUCAACAGACCGCUGUACUUCUGGAUGGAGACUUUCACACAAAUGCCUCAUUUUUGAUACCCAUAUUUUUCUGUAUUGUGUCAUUUGAUUCUGUGUAAAUAUGUUUCAUUAUUUAAUGUUUAUUUUAUUAAACAGAUGUAUAAUUAAAUAUGUCUGUGUUUUAACAGUA